UCUCUAUGGUUGUUCCGGGUUCCUUGGUUUCCUCCCAUCGUCCACCGCGCCUUCCUUUUUGGUCUGGUCCUAAGCAGGAUGGCCCCCGCAAAGAAAGGUGGUGAAAAGAAGAAAGGGCGAUCAGCCAUCAAUGAGGUGGUUACCCGGGAAUACACUAUAAAUAUCCACAAACGGAUCCAUGGAGUGGGCUUCAAGAAGAGGGCUCCUCGUGCACUCAAGGAGAUCCGUAAAUUUGCGAUGAAGGAGAUGGGGACUCCUGAUGUACGCAUUGACACUCGUUUGAACAAGGCUGUCUGGGCAAAAGGAAUAAGGAAUGUUCCCUAUCGUAUCCGUGUGCGUUUAUCCAGAAAACGCAAUGAAGAUGAAGAUUCGCCCAAUAAACUCUACACACUGGUUACUUAUGUGCCAGUUACCACUUUCAAAAGUCUACAGACUGUCAAUGUGGAUGAAAACUAAACUUUUAUUACAAUAAAAAUUAUAAAAGUGCUA